AUGGAAGGAGGACCAUUAGAAAAUUAUUCUAUUAAUCAACAACAACAACAACAACAUUUAAAAAAAUCAAACAAUCAUAAUGAGGGAAAGGAAAACAAGAAUACAACAACUAAUUUUCGUGGUAAUACUGUUUGUCUUGAACUCAAUCAAAUACAUUCAAAUGUACAUGAAGGUCGUAAAAAAACAAUAAUGGUUGAGAAUGAACGAACAAUUGCUGAAGUAAACCAUGGUAAAGUCAGAAAUAAAAUGUCAAGUGUAAGAAAACUGGUCUUAUCAUUACAUCAAAGUAUAGUAAGUUUCAAUAUUUUAUACGGUAUUAGCAGUGCUCAUUAG